UACACCAUCAUCCUCACGUCCCUCCCUCCUGCGCAGCGGCGGGUGUCCUCUGGCUGAACCACACACCGACCGUACGCCUCCUGAUCCCGCAGAUUGUCCCGGGGUGACCGAGGACACUCCGGUGAUCGCUCUGACGUGGUGGAGUCGGAGCAAAGUGCACAAGGAGAGGCCAGAGAGAGAGCGGCGCGUACGGACGGACACGCGCCAUGAUGGGGGAGAGCUGUGGGAACGUCCCGGGACACUCGUGGCUGCUUUGGCGCGCGGGGAUCGUGUGUUUCGUGUCCGUGUGGAUCUCACCUGCGCUGUCACAUCCGCAGUGUUUGGAUUUUAAGCCUCCGUUUCGCCCGCUGAGGGAGCUGGAGUUCUGCGUAAUGUACAAGGACUUUGGCUGCUGUGACUUUCAGAAAGACCAGGACCUGAUGGCCAAAUACUACACGAUCAUGAACCAUUUCGACUAUGAUGGUUACGCCACGUGCGCAGGGUUCGUGCAGGAGUUGUUGUGUCAGGAGUGCUCGCCGUACGCCGCCCACCUCUUCGACGCAGAGGAUCCCAACACCCCCGUCCGCUCCAUCCCCGGCCUCUGCCCCGACUACUGCACCCAAUUCUGGGACAAAUGCAACGCCACCCUCCCCCACCUGUCGGACGACCCGCACGUAACCAAACUUAAAUUUGACCCAAAACGCCUUUGCCAAUACCUCGAAUUAGACGACGCCGAUUACUGUUACCCGCACCUCCUUAGCAACCCCCAGCUCACCCAAAACCUCGGCCGCGUCCAGUACGAUUCAGACGGAUGUUUACAGCUCUGUCUGGAAGAAGUCGCUAACGGUUUGAGGAAUCCGCUCGCUAUGGUGCACGCCAACGACGGCACGCAUCGCUUCUUCGUGGCGGAGCAAGUCGGCGUAGUUUGGGUUUACCUCCCGGAUCGAUCCAGACUGGAGAAGCCAUUUUUAAACAUUAGCAAAUCGGUGCUAACGUCGUCGUGGGAAGGAGACGAGAGAGGGUUCCUCGGGUUGACCUUUCACCCCAAACACAAACACAACGGGAAGCUGUACGUGUAUUAUUCCAUAGAAGUUGGAUUUGACGAGCGGAUAAGGAUAAGCGAGUUUCGGAUUUCACCGCAUGAUAUGAACUCGGUGGACCAUCGCUCUGAGAGAGUGAUUCUGGAAAUAGAUGAACCCGCCUCCAAUCACAACGGGGGUCAGCUCCUGUUUGCAGAUGACGGAUACUUGUACGUCUUCACCGGGGAUGGCGGCAUGGCGGGAGACCCGUUUGGAAAAUUCGGAAACGCGCAAAACAAGUCUGCUCUUUUAGGCAAAGUCCUCCGCAUCGACGUGGACGACAACGAGAAAGGCCCGCUGUACAAAAUCCCUCCCGACAACCCGUUCGUCCACGAGAGGGGGGCGCGGCCGGAGGUUUUUGCCUACGGCGUCCGAAACAUGUGGAGGUGCUCCGUGGACAGGGGGGACCCGCACUCCAAAGAGGGCAAAGGUCGAAUCUUCUGCGGAGACGUGGGACAAAACAAAUACGAGGAAGUGGACAUCGUCGAGAAAGGACGGAACUACGGGUGGAGAGCCAAAGAGGGGUUCUCCUGCUACGACAAGAAGCUCUGCCGCAACUCUUCACUGGACGACGUCCUGCCCAUCUACGCCUAUCCUCACAAACAGGGGAAGUCUGUAACCGGGGGAUACGUGUACAGAGGCUGCGAAUACCCAAAUCUCAACGGGAUGUACAUAUUUGGAGACUUCAUGAGCGGGCGUUUGAUGAGUCUUCGCGAGGACCGCUUCAGCGGACAGUGGCGUUAUAACGAGGUCUGCAUGGGCCUGGGUCUGACCUGCGCUUUCCCCGGACUCAUCAACAACUACCACCCGUACAUCAUCUCCUUCGCAGAGGACGAAGCCGGCGAACUGUAUUUCAUGUCAACUGGGAUACCAAGCGCCACCUCUCCCACCGGGGUUGUUUAUAAAGUUGUGGAUCCUUCUCGACGCGCGCCGCCGAGACAGUGCCACUACGAGCCGCUUCCCGUCAAAGUAAAAAGCAACGUCGUCCCGUUUGUCCCACAGGAAAGUCCCAUAGGUAUCGACCCACCGGGCAACACCAAGCCCGACGUCCCGCCUACAGAGUCCUACGAUUGGCUACAAGAACUCAUCGACCAGCUCGGCGCAAUCGGACUGGACGCGACGACGACUCCUCCGCCGCCGACCACCACGACGACAACCCGACCGCCCAAGACCACCAGGAGGAAGCCCAAACGCAAGAAAACCAAACCCAGUCCGGACGUCGAUAUCCUGGACGGAGCGGUGAGGCUGGCGGGGGAGCAGGACGGCCGCGUCGACCAGGGAAGAGUGGAAGUCUACAUCCGCGGCGAGUGGGGAACUGUUUGCGACGAUCUGUGGACGAUGAGUAACGCGGCGGUGGUCUGCAGGCAGCUCGGAUACAGACGCGCCCUGAAAGCCGCCAAGAGCUCGGAGUUCGGGGAGGGAAGGCAUUUACCGAUUUUACUCGACGACGUGCAGUGCGAGGGGACGGAGGCGACGCUUUUGGACUGUAAACACGCCGGAGUCGGUAAACAUAACUGCGCUCACUACGAAGACGCGGGGGUCGUUUGCAGUCACGACGCAGAACGAGCGAUACAAGGUUGAGAAAAAACGUAACUAAUUCCAAUUUGAUGCAGUUCACGGGUUUCGGGAUGAUUGAAAAUUAGUUGCGAUAGUGACAAUUUUUUUUUUAAAUGGGAAAAAAAUCCUCAAAAUGUUGCAUAUAACUUGAAAUACUAAGUCGUGCUUCACUUCGCAGUGCAAAUUUGAAAUAAAUUUGUGAGAAAAAUGACUGAAAUCGAGAUGUAAACUGUUGAAAUGUCACAAGAAUGUAGUUUUUACAAGUUCAGAUUGUGAUUUUGUGCAGAUUUUGUGCAUAGAAACACCAGAUGAAGACAAUUCUCUGCUUAAAAUGUAUAAAUUGUAAUAAACAGUUAGCCAAACGCGUAUAUAGCACAUGUCAGCUGAUCGUAGGGCUUUUAAAACCUGCAAAAACAACAUGACGUCAUUAUAUUAAGUGUUGCUGCUCUGUCUUUUUGGAUAAACCUAUUUUUGCACUUUAAUUAUAUUUGAGCCUACGCAGUGACUGAACCGUAGGCCCGUGUGUUAUUUAAUCCUAAUGUUUAUAAAGGUGCAGCGCCAGUGGGAGGGACCAACACUCAGGAAAUCAAAAUGUGUAAUGUCUGUUUGAACGGGAAAUAUUAAAGAAAACGGCAAAGUCAAACAUCUACACGACCUGCGCGUCUUUUCUGACUCGGAGCGGAGUAGAAGUACUCAGUUUAGUUAUGUAUGUUAUGUACAAAUACCAGAGCAAAAAAAUACUCAAGAA